AUAACGGCGUAUACUACAGCGCAAUCAACUUACCAGCGACUUGCCCGUGCUCGUCAGUACGUACAUUCCACACGAUAAACUAAUCUGUGAAACCUAUAUAACAAUAGCGCGAUUUAUUUAUUUUUCCUGUCCUCUAUAUCAAAUCAAUUUAAGUGAUACAUUCUCGGUGGUUCGGUUUAUAGUGAUUUAAAGAAUUAUAGUACCAUAUUGGUCUGUGUGAAAAAAGUGUCGCUGUCAAAAAAGAUCCUGUAUUGUGUAUGAGUGUGUGCGUUUACUCUCUAGGUAUAAUUAUAUAUGCAAGAAUGUGAGCUGAUGUGUUGUGUCUUGUUGUUCGAGCUAUAUACAAGGAGAUAAAGGAUGCUUUACGCGAUUUCAAUCAAGUAUGAUCGUGGUUGUGUGAUCGGAUUUCGUGGCUUGACCUAGAAUUUAAAUCACCGCAGAUAGGAUUGCUCUAGACCUGGACUUGUGCACGGACAAUGUACAGGAUGCUUUCGUCAUCGCCGUGGAGCAACAGGCUCGCGAGAGGCUGGAGCGCCUGUCCGCGCUUCACAAACUCAAACCCGUGGAUAUGACGAAGCUAUCGCAACAGUUAAAUCAGCAAUCAGCAGCGACGUCAGAGGAGUUGAACGGGUUCAUAAGCAACCCCCCAAUCUACGUCAGUUCCUUGUCGACGGCCAGCGAAAGUUUAGCCAUCAUAGGAAGCAGAAAAACCGACGAAAAUCUGCAGCAACAGAGUCUGGACGUUCGCAAUUUGAGCGAACGCCGUUCCUCGUCACCCUUCCAGAACGGUCGUACCGAGCUGCUCCUCGGCGAAGACAAUAACAAGCUCAAGACCACCGCCGUUGUGGAACACAACAAUAACAAACUUAAUAUCGAAAACGACCGUAGGUCUCGAAGACGUUCGGGCAGUAGUAUCGUGAUCCUAGAUCCGGAACUACAGGACUCGGUCAAGAAAUCGCUGGACGAUCUGCUGGACAGUAAAAAUAAUAUAGACAUGGUUUCUAUGGUGCCUCUGGGAAGCGAUGGGCAGGCCCAUCGAGAGAUGGCCGUCGAUGUUCCGGAUAGUUUCGUGGCUAGGAACAAGACACCUCCUAGAUAUCCGCCCCCAAAGUCAUCAGUUACGCCUUCUAUGAAUGGUUCGUACAAUGCCCAGCAUAACCAUGUCCCGGCCUCACAAGCAACGCCUCAAGUACCACCGAAACCAGUACCACCUUCUCGAGAUAACUUAAAAAUCGAACCUGAUGCUCGAUUAGGAAAUAAGACAGCACCACCCCAGUUACCUGCGCGAAUAGUGAAUAAUAAUAACAUAAAUGCAGUACCCUACGCUUCUAAUACGACGAUCAAUAAAGUGAUGGAACCAACCAGGGAACAAAUGGAUAGUAUCAAAAAAUAUCAGGAACAAAUACGCAAAAGAAAAGAGGAAGAAGAAAGGAUAGCUGCUCAAAAUGAGUUCCUCAACCGAUCGUUGCGGGGUUCCUCCUUGAAACUACAAGCCUUGGAGAGCAAGCCUCAAGGUACCAUCAACGACGCCUAUGAAGACGAAGUUACGGAUUUUACGUCAGAGUCUUCCGAGGAAGAGAAGGAAUGUGUCCAUUCAGCAUACGCUUAUGGUGAUCUGGUCGAUGCCGUUCAAAGGCUGCAGAUUCAACUGAAGAAAACGUCGGCUGGUUCCGGUAUUUCCGGGCUAGAGGGACGUAUAGCUGCCAUACAGUCCCUCCUAUUGUCUCCUCAAUUUGGCCGGGCGGCCAUACAUAACAAGAUACAGGCUGUCCGAUCGCAGACCUCCGUUCGGACACAGCCCAUAGCUCAAAAUGCUCUCAGGGACGCCCAGGACGCCUUGGGCAAUUCGCAGAGUGCCUACGCGGUGGAAUUGGCUACCUUACUUACAGGAUACGAAUUCGAAGGCUUGAUGGUAGCUCACGAUGGCGUUGCUUCCACUUUACCACCGGAUUCGACAUCGCCCCCACCACAAACUCCCCUUGGUUUGCCAGCCAUCAGAAGCAGUCGCUACGGGAGCGAAGAUAACAUAAAAAUUAUUAGGAUAGAAAAAACGACUGAGCCUCUAGGCGCCACUGUGAGAAACGAAGGGGAUGCUGUUAUCAUAGGUCGAGUAGUAAGAGGGGGAGCAGCAGAGAAAAGCGGUCUUCUUCAUGAGGGCGAUGAAAUUUUGGAAGUAAAUAGUAUAGAAAUGCGUGGCAAAAGCGUCAAUGCAGUCUGUGAUAUUCUUAAAGAUAUGGAGGGAUCCUUGACUAUACUUAUCAUUCCGGCAUCACAAUCAAGAACAUACAUGUUGAGAGAUUUGGUGCUUCAUGUAAAGGCGUUGUUCGACUAUGACCCUGAGGACGACAUGUACAUACCUUGUAGAGAAUUGGGCAUAAGUUUUAGAAAAGGCGACGUAUUACACGUUAUUAGUCAAGAAGAUACCAACUGGUGGCAAGCAUACAGAGAGGGUGAAGAAGAUCAAACACUUGCUGGACUCAUUCCAUCACUCUCGUUCCAACAUCAGAGGGAAAGCAUGCGAUUAGCAGCGGAAGAGCGAAUGACAAAACCAAAUAAGAAGUCCUCCACUCUAUUAUGUGGUACUACAUCUAAAAAGAAGAAAAAGAAAGGAGCAUAUGACGAAGGUGGUUACCCGAUGUACUCAAGCGACGAUUAUGAUCCAGAGGAAAUACUGACUUACGAGGAAGUUUCCCUAUUUUAUCCAAGGGCCGACAAGAAAAGGCCCAUAGUUCUUAUUGGGCCACCCGAUAUCGGUCGACACGAACUACGAAAGCGAUUGAUGGAAAAUUCAGAAAGAUUUGCUGCUGCCAUACCCCAUACGUCGAGGCCAAGAAAAGAAAACGAGGUAGAUGGACAAGACUAUCACUUUAUAACCAGAGGUCAGUUUGAGGCUGAUAUCUUAUCUCGAAAAUUCGUAGAGCAUGGAGAGUACGAAAAAGCGUACUAUGGUACCUCCCUGGAUGCCAUUCGAUCGGUUGUGAAUUCAGGAAAAAUAUGUGUGCUUAACCUGCAUCCUCAGAGUUUGAAGAUACUGAGAACCUCAGACUUGAAACCUUACGUAGUGUUUGUGGCGCCACCGAAUUUAGAGAACUUGAAAAUUAAGAAAGACAGACUGGGGGAAUCAUAUAAAGAGGAAGAUUUGGUUCAAAUCAUAGACAAAGCCCGGGAAAUGGAGAAUAAAUAUGGCCAUUUCUUCGAUCUUAUUAUUAUUAAUAACGAUACAGAAAGAGCCUAUCACGACUUAUUAUGUGAAAUAAAUAGUCUAGAAAGAGAACCCCAAUGGGUUCCAGCCGUUUGGGUAAAAUCCACGUAGGAGUUGUUCCACAAUCAAAUCAAUUGUUGUUAACAAAAUUUAUUGUUAGAAAUUCUACAAUACUUUAGAUAUGAUUAGUUGGAAUUCAUCUUAGUGUAACUCGAGACGAGAUAUGAUGCAACUCUUGUUCGACCCAGUUCUAGUCGUGUGUGUAUUAGUAUGAUAUAUUGUACCUACGAUCGAAAAACAAACGGCGUCAAAGAUAGCUGCGGAAUGAAAAUCGUUGAUAAUUUUGGCGAGGUCAAGCCUUACUACCAGUUAACCUUAAAAAGGUGUAAUUUAUUUUUAUAUUGAGUUAAAAUUAUUUUUAGAUGGUGUAUAGUUUAAAAUUUGAUAAAAAAAAAUAUUUUUUUGAAUAUAGAGUUGUGUGUCUGAAAACGUUCUAUCCUUUUUUAAUAGAUAGAGUUAAGAUAAUUAGAGUUCAUUUUUGAAAAGUUUUGUGUCUCAAUUUUUAGUAAAUUUGACCUCUCCGAAUUUAUUAUCGAUUGUCAUUCCGCAGCUAUGUUUGACGCCGUUUUUUUCGAUCGUACGGUACUUUCGGGACAAUUACAACAUGUUGGUGCUAGUCUUUCAAACUUAAAAUUACCUUACCUUUACAUAAUGUGCACUGUUGAUCUUGUCUAGGAAACAUUAAUAAUAAUAAUAUUUAAAAAAUAGUUUUUAAACAAGUGUAAUUUUCAAAGUUAAAAUCUCCUAGAGUCUGAAAUAAAUUUUUAUGAGUCACCUUGUAUACUGUCGAUAUUCAUAAGUUAUCAUUUGUUAUAUAUAAUUGUAUAAUAAGUGCCAAAAAUUCAAAUUCGCCCUGUAUUUCAGAAACCAAGGGGGUUAGGACAAAUUUAAUAAAUAAAUCUAAUAAAUAAAAUAUCUAUAAAAUAAUAAACGAGAAACCCCAUAAAACACACAGAAAUGGGACACCCUGUACAUAGUGUUAGGAAGUAAAAAAGUUGGACAUUGUAUAGAUAGUGAUGUGUAAAUGUGACGUAUUAUUUCUUUAAACUGGCGUAUAUAGUUUUGUUAUAUACAGGGUUAUUCACCUCAUUCGGCACGGAGUACUGCUUCAUUUUUCUAGAGGUUUUUAAGUUUUCAAAAUUAAAUAUUGUACUGAAGUUUUUCUAUUUACUAAAUUUUGUGUUGCACUAAUAUAAAUUACAAUACCGUAUACAGAGCGUCUAAAAAUGUAUUUUAAAUAACUACUAGAUUUAAACUGCAAUAACUUGUUUAAUUUAAAUGGAACACACUGUACA